CAGUAAAAACAGGUGGUGCCCCUAAAAAUGGCAAACAGCAUUAGUGUUUUCGUUGUCUUUAACUCUUAACAGCUGUAAAAAGUUCGUCGUCCAAAAAACAUUAUUCUUCAACGCAGUAUUUGCCGCACCUUGAUUUGUCAACCUACUCGUACAUACCGCAGCUGUCAUUCGCAGUUUUGCAUCCAUCUUAUGAUUCUGAUGCUCAGCCUUAAAACGCAAAACUCAGGGAUUUUUGAUCAUUCUAAGUUUUGCUAAAUCUUCUUUGUGCUUGAAUAUUCUUUAGAUUGUGCGGGAUUAAACCAGAAAUUGUAACAAAUGGACCACAAUCUGGUUUUAAAGUGAUGAAGAGAACUGCUGUUGCUGUAAUCGUGCAUCAACUUAUUUUGUGUGCGCCACGCCCUCAACCAGAACAAACUCUACAGCCCGAUACAGUGCUUCUUCUGCUCGAAUACGGCCAACACUUCCAUCCAGCAUAGCGCGUUGUGCGACAACGAUACGAGCUUGCUGAUCAACAAUGAUCGAUACUUUGCCAACUUCUAUCCAGUGCAUUUUCGGGGGCUGGAAGCAUGGUUCAUGGACGGCAUGGUGCUGCCGCUGCAGCCCUACUGCUUCACCUUCAUCCUGCAGAUCAAAAAGGACAACGAUGUCCUGACCUUCUUAGUGCGCAGCGGCGGCUGGCCGGGCUACAACCCGCCUUCGGGAUGCGUGAAGGAGAACGCGGUCACCAAGGACCCCCGUCUCCCACAUAACCAGUAUCCCACGCUCAAGUACUACAUUUUCUGCAGCACCAGCUUGUGCAAUAGCAUCACCCGGUCGGAGAUGGCCCGGCAGUGCUUCACAAAGAAUGAAGAAUUCAAUCCGGCUGCCAAGAGUCGAAGCGACUCGGAUGGAGCUCAAAGAGCAGUUAUCUGUGACCUGUGGACUCUAUCCUUUCUUACUACAGUAUCGAUGGUCAUGUGUGUCUUUAGCUCGAUGCGCAGCGCAGUACUCGUCGGGCUGGUAGCCUCCUUGGUACGCAGUGCGGAUGCCCUACAGUGUUACGUCUGCGAGGACGACAGCACCAAACCCGCCAGCGACACCCGCUCCUGCUACGACGCCGUCGGACUGAAGGACACCGUCAACUGCCCCGACCGGUUUCCGCCGCCCAACAACCUCGACUUAGUCGUGGUGCAGAAGGGAUACUGCGCCACCUGGGUGGAUAAAAUCCCCGCCGACAAAUCCUACAAGACGGUGAUCGGGCGUGGCUGUGUGUACCCCGGUGGGCCGCCGGACAACUGCCUGGAGGUGGAGUAUACACCGCGUCGACCGUUCCCACAAAUCUUUUACCUGAAUCCCACUGAUGUUAAUACCGUCAUUCACCACUAUCAGAGCGGCGCAAAUGACCCCAACAAAUUCGUCUCCAGAACGCGCUUUGUGAAGUACUGCCUGAGUGACCGGUGCAAUGCCUGGAGCCACACGGCGUUCGUGGCGGAGUGUAUCGAUAAAACACUUACGACGCGCGGUCCUUCGCCGGUUAUGACUACACCGGCCAUUACAGUGCCCACCGUAACAACGAAGACACCUGAAAUUUGGCGGUACUGGAAUUUUACCCCAGGGGUCUUCGACAAGGAGAUGAGAGAAGCGCAAGAAGAAAGCGACCGGGCACUGGCGGAGAGGGCACGAAACUAUUUGAAGGAACUGGAGGAGAAGAACCUAACAAAAUGGAAGCAGUGGCAGCUCUUUAGACAGUUUCUUAAUGACUUCGAUGCCAGCGCAGAUGAAGAGUCGGAGCCCGAGUCGCACGCCGCAUGUUUAACCAUCAGCUUUCACAUGCCUAUGCUGGCCUCUUGCACGAUGUGUUUGUUGUGGUUUUCCUUCAAAUCUGCAGUGCGGUGAUUGGUUGAGUGACGACACUUUGCUCAGUGAUCAGUAAGUACACCAUGUUCUCCGUUGCAUGUAAAGGUCAUCUACGCUUUUGACAGUAUGCCUCUGCCACCGAAGCCCACGUCGCUUUACUGACCUUUCCCAAAAAUCCUUUGCGUUGGCUGUGACUGUAGUCGUUCAACACUGUACCGAAUUUUCGUGGCGCUGUAAAAGGGGCACCAGAAGUUUUCAUAAAAUCCUUGCUGGAGUACGAAUACGUCAGAAUAUUUACUAAACAUUG